CUGCCGUACGGCGAGGAAAAGGUCGUGAAAGGGUCGGGCCUGUUCGUGACCGCGUCGCGGCCUGAUGGGGGCCGGUGUGGCGGCGGCGCUGCUGUGCCUGGGCGCAGCCUGGUUGCUGGGAGCGGGGGUCGGUCCCCGCGGCUGGAUGGUGCGGCCCUCGGCCCGGAGCCGCCUACUGAGUGUCGCCGAGCUGGCCCGGUUCCGCGGGGCCGCAGGAGAGCCCGGCCUCUACCUCGCCGUGCUGGGUCGCGUCUUCGACGUGGAGCGCGGCCGCAGGCACUACGGUCCCGGCGGUGCCUACAGUGGCCUCGCAGGGAGAGAUGCCACCAGAGCAUUUGCCACAGGUGACUUCACCCAGGCUGGGCUGGUGGACGAUGUCUCAGCACUGUCAUCGGGUGAGAUGCUUGCCAUCCAGAGCUGGCUGACCUUCUACAGUGACAACUAUGAUCCCGUGGGGAAGCUGGUAGGCAGAUUCUAUGAUGAAAAUGGGGCACCAACAGAAGCCUUAAGGCAGGCUGAGGCUGCCAUUGAGGAAGCUCUGAAGUUCCAAGCAGAAAGUGAACAGAGGAAGCAGCAGUUUCCACCCUGCAACUCCGAAUGGAGCUCUGCAAAGGGCAGCCGGUUCUGGUGCUCCAGACAGAGUGGGGGAGCGCCCAGGGCCUGGGCCGGUGUCCCGCGGAAGCUGUACAGCCCCGGUGCCAGCAGCAGCCGCUGCGUCUGCGUCAGGACCACCGGCCCCCCGUGGGGCCAGCCAGCCUCCGUCCAGCACAACAACAGGGGGGAUUUGGAUGACCCUCACCUGCAGGAAUACGACGGCUGCCACCCACAGGCCCAGCAAUGUGUCCUGACAGUGUGAGUUGCGAGCUGGAGGCCUGCAGCAAAACAUUGCUCUGUGGGGGAGCAAGGACAAUUCCCUGUUAUUUGUGACUUUGUUGACAGGUGAAGAUAUGAGAAGACAAUUCCUGAGUCAAGUUAAUGGCUGAACACUCACUACCAGGCUGCUUUCUCUGGUAGUGCUUUGUUCCUGGGGUGUUUUUACAUCUGGUAGCAAACUGCACCAUGUACAGUCUGCAUUCUGUUUGAAGCCUGAUUUCUUGUGCAGUCAGGAAACAAGGUUGUGAUUGCAAGAACUGCCGCAGCACCACCAGUCCCAGUUCCUCCACAGGCCUCCAGCUGCUUAACUGUACACCUGUAGUGUCUGUGCUCCUCACUAGAUUUGCCCCAGAGUUUAAAGGCAGCAGAGAGAAACAUUCCUUUCUCCUCAGCAAAGGCACAAUCUACUGCAGCUUGGUUCCACAAAAGCUUUAUCAGAUCAUUGGAGUACAGAAGGCAAAGGUCAUCCCUGCCUUUGCUCAUGCAGUGUUUGCGUUAGAUACUGUACAAUGCUGUGGGAGCUAGCUCUCAGGACUGUUGGUUUACCUCAACCUCAGGAGCCCGCUCCUCUGACUCACUGCCUUCAGAGCUUUUUUUUUACUGCCUACUUCAAAUCAGCAAUUCCUGAUCUGUGAUAGCAGGAUCAUCCUGCUGUGACCUCCUCCCAUCUGGUAUAUGUCCAUCAGACUAUGACUGGAGGCUGAAUAUGUCCUUACAGAGCAAGUUAAUAACAUUUCUACAUGGGGAUGAAGAGGACAAGGGAGCACCCAGGUAGGGCUCAGGUGCUGUAAACCUUCUGCUUCAAGAGAGCAGUUGGUGGUUGUAGAAGCCAGUCAGAAUUGGGACUUGGUGUAGCUGCACCCUUGAGAGACACACCCAUCUGACAGAGCCCAGCAGUAGCACAGAGCUGAGGAGCUUGUUCAGUUUGGUCUUUAAGACAGGUACCACUUAUCAGCUCAGUUCUGAGCUACUGCCAGCUUCAGGGCCAAUCCCACAGGCCCAAGUAUUAGUUAAUAACCAGCAAGAUCAGAGGACACCUGGCCUCGAAGCAUGAGGAAGAGGAGCUGCUGGGGGGAGUGAGCUGCAGUAGUUUAAACAUGGCUAUGUUUGUUGUCAAGUGUUUGGACUUUCUUUUUAGCUGGUUCUGUUUUUCCUCUUCCACAACAAUGUUGAAGAGAAAUCCUCCAGAGCACUGUCAGGCAGAUGUGCAAGCUCUUGCUGGCCCUUACUGGAAGUUGCACAUGUUGCUGAGCAGCAGCAGCGCCACCCCCUUUGGAACUGAAUCUGAGCCCUGGGCUUGUGCCAUGUUGGGGGUUGGAGCAGGCUGCAUUUCCCAGUCCCACAGGUAAAGGUGUGUGAGAUCCACAGGGAAGAGCUGCAACUCCACAGCUUAGUGGGCAUGACAAGUCCCAGAACUCCAGCAUGGUGUGGGGGAGGGAAGUAACCUCUGGAGAUCAUACAGUCCAAGGCUCUGCUCAAGCAGAGCACACACAGCAGUUUGCCCAAGAGUACAAUGCCCAGGGGGGGUUGGAAGCUCUCCACCCAAGGACACUCCACAGCCUCUCUGGGAAGCCUGUUCCAGGCCUCCAGCACCCUCACAACAAACAACUUUCUCCUUCUCUUCACAUGGAACCUCCUGGGUUCCACUUUGCGCACCUUGUUGCCCCUUGCCAGUGGUGCCCAGGGACAAUACAAAAGUCUGGCCCCAGCCUCUUGCUCAGAUCCCUUCUGGGGCUGCUCUUCUCCAGGCUCUCAGCCUUUGCUCCUCAGAGCUGUCCAGGUUCCUCAGCCUAUUUCUAGCCUCUCUUGAGCAGGCCAAGUGUCACCCUGUCACAUGCUUUAACAAAAGCUUCCAUUUAGAGAUCAAAGCCCUGCCUAACACAACUGGCACCUACCUUUGCAAGUGCUUUAAGCUGUGUAAAAGCUGCACAUUCCAUCUUGCAGUAGGAAUAGGUCAUCUAUUAAAGCAAACAAGGAGACUCCCUUUACUGACCUGAAAUGCUCCAGGAUGAUCCUGUUUCUGCUCCAAGAGCUCAGCUUGAUUUCCCUGUGGUGGAAGAGGCUGGAGAGAAAGCAGUGACAGGCAGGAGUCAGGGCAGCACAGAGCACUCCAGUGAGGCUCACCAUGCAGCUGUGCUUCAGGAGUCAGUGAGAGGCUAACUACAAUCUCACCAGGUCGGUUUUGCUAUUGCACUAGAGCUUUCCCUUUACCUGAAGCCAGAGCAGUGCUGGGCUCUGCCAGGAGGCCAGGCUGCCCACCAGUGGUGUGCUACUGAACCAGCUCAGCUUGGUCUUUGAGCUAGCACUGAGACUCACAGUUUGCUCCCUGAGCCCAGCCUGCAGGAAGUCCAGCUUGUUUUGUAAGAAUCAUUGUAGAGGUGUCUUGUGUAAGGGAACUGGAGAUGGUUUAUGGGAUGUAAUGUGGAAUAAACCAAAGCUUGUCAAUGGC